AUGGCAGUGAGCCUAGUCAAGUCCCUGUACUGGGAGGUGUUCCCCCCCAUGUCCACGUGCAGGGUCUACUGCACCCCUGUGUUCCAUGACGGCCUGCUCUAUGUGCUCGGGGGCUGCAGUGAGACAGGCCUGCCUCUAGACACUGCCGAGGUGCUGGACAUAGAGAGCCAGACAUGGACCCAGCUACCUCCACUCCCUACAGCCCGGGCGGGGGCAUCAGCGGUGGCCCUCAGGGGUCAGGUGAUGGUAAUGGGGGGCAUGGAUGGCCAGCAGAGCCCCCUGUCCUCCGUGGAGGUCUACAACCCUGACGAGGGCAAGUGGGAGAGGAAGGCCAGCCUAGGACAACCCUCCAUGGGCAUCACCUCAUUAGAGAAAGAUGGGAAGGUAUAUGCGCUGGGAGGGAUGGCAGCUGACACGACGCCCCAGGCUCUGGUGAGGGUUUAUGAGCCGGAGAAGGACCAAUGGCAGCCCCUGACCUCUAUGCCCACGCCCCGCUAUGGAGCCGCCUCCUUCCUGAGAGGCAACAAGAUCUACGUGCUGGGUGGGCGUCAGGGCAAGCUUCCUGUCACAGCCUUCGAGGCCUUUGACCUGGAAAUGAAGAGUUGGACGCGUUACCCCUGCAUCCCCAGCCGCCGGGCCUUCGCCUGCUGUGCUGCCACCGAGCGGGGCUUCUUCAGCCUGGGAGGGCUCCAGCAGCCUGGCCCCCACAACUUCUACUCCAGACCACACUUCGUCAGCACAGUGGAGGAGUACGACCCAGAACAGGGUAUCUGGAUCAAACCAACCCGAACCUCCAGGAUGAGGGUUAAGAGAGCAGACUUUGUGGCCGGAUGUCUCGGUGGAAGGGUCAUCGUUGCUGGUGGACUAGGUAACCAGCCGUCGCCCUUGUCGUCGGUGGAGAGCUACAAUCCUGUGAAGCGGAGUUGGGAGUACGCUGCCCCCAUGCCCAGUCCCCGCUGCUCCUGUUCACCCCUGCAGACACCCAACAUGCUGUUUCUCAUCGGGGGCGUGGCCCAGGGACCCAGCAACGCCGUGGAGGCUCUCUGUCUCAGAGAGACUGUGUGA